AUGGAGCAUGAUUGUUGCAAGUUUGUGCAGAAAUGUCAUAAAUGCCAAGUGCAUGGUGAUUUGAUCCGAGUGCCGCCUUAUAAAAUCAACGCCAUGAGUUCACCUUGGCCAUUUGUGUCUUGGGGCAUGGAUGUCAUCGUUCCAAUAGAGCCAGCCGCUUCUAAUGGACACAGAUUUAUUUUGCUUGCCAUUGACUACUUCACCAAGUUCGGAGUACCAGAAUCUAUCAUUACUGAUAAUAGUGUGAAUCUCAACGGUCACUUGAUGAGAGAGAUAUGUGAGCAGUUUAAUAUUACCCACCAAAACUCAACCGUUUAUCGUCCUCAAAUGAAUGGAGCUGUAGAGGCUGCCAAUAAGAACAUCAAGAAGAUUAUGAGAGAAAUGAUUGACAAUCACCGAGGUUGGCAUGAAAUGUUGUCAUACGCUUUGUUGGGUUAUCGAACGACCGUCAAAAUGUCAAUUGGAGCUACUCCAUAUCUACUAGUAUAUGGAACAGAAGCAGUCACACCUGCUGAAGUUGAUAUAUCAUCCUUGAGAAUCAUCCAAGAAGCUGAAUUAACUAAUGAUAUGUGGGUCCGCAAGCGAAUAGAUCAAUUGACAUUGAUUGACGAGAAAAAAAUAGUUAUUGUUUGUGAUGGUCAAUUAUAUCGACAGAGAAUGGCUCGUGAUUUACACAAGAGAGUCAGAGCCAGAAUUUUUGAAAUUGGUCAAUUGGUCCUCAAGCACAUUUUUCCUUAUCAAGAUGAGUACAAAGGGAAAUUCACACCAUAUUGGCAAGGACGUUACAUGGUUCGCAAGGUAUUAUCUGGAAUUGCUUUGUUCUUGUCGAAGAUAGAUGGCACCACAUGGCUGAAAUCGAUCAACUCAGAUGUUGUCAAGAUAUAUUAG